AUGGAGAAACAGGGUUUCCAAGAACCGCCCCCUUACCAAACGGCAGAGACAGAGACCCAUAUGAAGGAUUUGAGAUAUGGGGAAGCAACUGAUAUCUUUGGAGAUGCUGAGACCGCUGAUCGAUAUGGCUACGUCGCUCGAGGGUUAAAGUCGCGCCACAUUCAGUUCAUCGCCCUUGGUGGCACCAUUGGAACUGGUCUGUUCCUGGGUAUUGGACGAGCCCUGACUCAAGGUGGCCCUCUCAGUUUGCUACUGGGUUACAGCAUGACCGGAGUUGCCAUUUUUGGCAUGAUGAUGUCUCUUGGAGAAAUGGCAACUUGGCUGCCUCUUCCUGGUGCCAUUCCUCAAUUCUGUUCUCGCUAUGUAGACCCAGCCAUGGGCUUUGCCGUCGGCUGGAAUACCUGGUAUCAAUGCGCAAUUACCCUUUGUGUUGAGAUUGCAGCAGCAUCGGUGAUCAUCCAGUUCUGGCCGGGUUCGUUGCACAUCAAUGUCGCCGCUUGGAUCUCCAUCCUCAUCGUCCUUGUCCUAUGCCUCAACAUCUUCGCUGUCUCGGUUUACGGCGAAGCUGAAUUCAUCUUUGCCAGUAUCAAGAUCGUGACCAUUGUCGGUUUGCUCAUCCUCUCGCUCAUCAUUGACCUCGGUGGUGUGGACGGUGAUCGCAGGGGCUUCCGGUAUUGGAAAGAUCCCGGCGCGAUGAACCUGUAUCUGGGAACAGGAGCCAAAGGUCGCUUCCUCGGUUUCUUCUCAACCCUCGUCAACGCAGCGUUCUCCUUUGGUGGUGUGGAGAUGGUGGCAUGCGCCGCGGGAGAAGCAGCAAACCCAAGGCGCAACAUCCCCAAGGCUGUUCGGCGUGUCUUCUGGCGUAUCCUGUUUUUCUACGUCCUUGGGUCCCUUGCCAUCGGUGUUUUGGUCCCGUACAACGAUAAGCAUCUCCUCAACGCCCAGGAAACAAAUGCUCCCGGCGGUGCCGCCUCCCCAUGGGUCAUUGCUGUCAACCGCGCUGGUAUCCCAGCAUUGCCCUCGAUCAUCAACGCUGUCAUCCUGACCUCUGCCUCUUCGUCGGCCAACGCCUUUUUGUACACUGGAAGUCGAUAUCUUUAUGCUCUCGCACAGAAUCGUCAUGCACCAAGGUUCCUUCUCAAGUGUACCAAAACCGGCGUCCCGAUUUACUGCGUCCUCAUCACCGCCACCAUCUCCCUCAUCACCUACCUCUCCUGCACCGCCGGCUCCAACGUCGUCUUCGUAUGGUUCCAAAACCUGACCACAAUCGCCUCCCUCUUCACCUGGUGCUCCAUCUGCGUCGCCUACAUCAAAUUCCACGCCGCCCUCAAAGCCCAAGGCGUCGAUCGCAACACCCUGGUCUUCCGCAGCCCCUUCCAGCCGUACGUCGCCUGGGUAUCCCUCGUCUUCUUCUCCAUCAUCAUCGUCUUCAACGGCUUCUACGCCUUUGCUCCCUUCAGCGCUCGCUCGUUCAUCACUGCAUACGUCGGCAUCCCGAUUUACUUUGCUCUUUUUGGAUUCUGGAAGGUGUUCAAGAGGACCAGGGCCGUAAACGCCCAGUCGGCUGAUAUUUUCACCGGCAAGGCUGCUCUGGAUGCGGUCGAAUGGCCGGCUGAAAUUCCUCGUAAUUUCAUUGAGAAGAUAUGGUUCUGGAUCGCUUAG